CCUAUGCAGUGGAACUGAUUACAGCUCAGCUUAUUAAACAGAAAAAGCCUGUGAUUUCAUAAGAACUCCGUUCCAGUUAACUUCAUAUUUUUGUAGCUUGUAUUUUUAUCCCCACUUUUUAUAAAUGUAAUGAUUCAUACAAAGCACGUGAGAGGUUUUGCUGAAUUGGUGUUGCAGAGAUUAACAAAGUCAAAAGAGAAUUGGCUGCACAAGAAACUUGGAAACAAACAUAAUGUCAAGAAUAAAGGGAACUUCACCCAUGGGAAGAUGAUAUUGACUGUUUACCUGAGUAACAAUGAGCAGGGUUUAACAGAAGUUCCCAUAACCCCAGAAACGACAUGCCGAGAUGUUGUUGAAUUCUGCAAAGAACCUGGUGAGACUGGUUGCCAUUUGGCUGAGGUGUGGAGAGGAAAUGAGCGUGCCAUUCCUUAUGACCACAUGAUGUAUGAACAUCUGCAAAAGUGGGGGCCUCGCAGGGAAGAAGUGAAAUUCUUCCUCCGUCAUGAAGAUUCACCUAUUGAUGCUAAUGAACAAAGUGGCCGUCAACUUCAAGAUCAGCCAAAUAGGUGGAAUGGAGUAAAUCUGUCAACAGAUAGACGUUUUGAAAAUGGGAGUGGGAAUCCUCGAGUGGAGCUGACACUUUCAGAGCUGCAAGAAAUGGCAGCCAGACAGCAACAUCAGAUAGAAGCUCAGCAACAAAUGCUGGUAGCCAAGGAGCAGCGCUUACGCUAUCUGAAACAACAGGAGAGACGUCAGCACCAGUCUAUUUCAGAAAGCGACAAACUACAGAAACUGAAAGAACGUAUGGAGAGCCAAGAAGCAAAACUGAAGAAGAUCCGAGCCAUGCGAGGACAAGUGGACUACAGCAAAAUUAUCAAUGGCAAUCUCUCAGCCGAAAUUGAGCACAUCAAUGCUAUGUUUCACGAGAAACAGCGAGAGUUACAAUCAGCUGUACUUAAAGUUGAUCAGUUAUCGCAGCAGCUGGAGGAUAUAAGGAAAGGAAAAACAAAUGGGCUGCAGUCGUACAAUGGACAAGUGUCAGGACCUGCUGCCGUUGAACUAAAGAAACUAUAUCAAGAACUGCAGAUUCGCAACAAGCUUAAUCAGGAACAAAACGCUAAGCUUCAGCAGCAAAAGGAUCUUCUUAACAAACGCAACAUGGAAGUGACUAUGAUGGACAAAAGAAUUCAUGAACUUCGUGAACGCCUGUGGAAGAAGAAAACAGAAGCACGUCAAAAAGAGAAUAUUCCUUUGAAUCGGAUUAAUGGGACACCAUCACCUCAACCAGUCUCUAAUACCUCAGGCCGUGUAGCAGCCGUGGGACCCUACAUCCAAGUUUCUACUAUAAAUCGACCAGAAAGCAACCUUUCAUCAGCAUCAGAGCUCGUGAAGCCUCAGACUUUAACUGUAACGAGCAAUGGUAGUCUAUCAACAACUAGAAAAAAAUCUGAUGGGUGUUGGAAAAAAUCUCCAGGCACUUGGAAAGUUUCUGAUUUAGACAUCAUAGUGGAUCCUGUUUUGUCUUCUUCCACUGCAUCUCUGCAGUCUCCAGAUCAUAGUGUGAUCCACUUGGCAACCUCUAUCCUUGACAAACUACAUUAUGAAACUCUUGAGCGCAAGCUGAACAGUUCCUGGGUGGUAUCUGAUUUGGAUGCGGGUCUUGACUUUGGCUCUUCCCUACAUUUUAAAAACUCUGAAAGCAGAUGCUUGAGUUCUAAUGAUGGAAAUUGGCCAACACUCGGGCAGGGAUGUAAUGCUACAGGGAAACCAUCUCCAGCAGGCAACAAUGAGUGGAAGGAAUCCAGCAUGGAUACGAUUUUGAAGCCAGGAAGUGGAUCAAGUCAGGCCACAUCCACUUCCCCAGCUGUUACAAGCAAUGAGAAGAUGGUGGGCAUUGAAACUGGGAAAGUACCAUCACCUGUGCCCAAUGUACUAAAGCAGUUGCCUCUGUCUUAUGGACCUCAUGCAAUGUCUUCACUUAUGGGCACUGGAUCUACAAAUUCGCUGGAACGAAAGAAAGACCCCACUCAGUCGUGGCCGAGUAUGGGUUCAGUUUCUAACAUAAGUUCAGGAAGCUGGCAGAGACCCAUCCAACCUCCACCAUCUGUAAACACAUUUCAGCCUAGUGCCUCACAACAAAUUCAGCAAAGAAUUUCGAUGCCCCCAAGUCCUACUUAUCACCCUGCUGGUUCGCCAUUGUUUCCAACUGGAGAGAACAGAUCUGAUCCACCACUAGCAGUGGCUGUAAGACCAUUCUUGACAGAUAGAGGGUCAAGACCUCAAUCUCCACGGAAAGGACCUCAAACCGUGAAUUCCAGUUCAAUUUACUCAAUGUAUCUUCAGCAAACUACUCCACCAAAGAACUACCAGCAGUCUGUGUAUAAUACCCUAAACAAAUCACACACUGUUAAAGCACUGUAUGGGAAGCCAGUAUUGCCAUCUGGUUCUGGUUCUGCUUCCCCAUCUCCUUUGCCUUUUUCUCAUCAGCCUUCCCAAAGUUCUCACCCCCAGGCCAGUGAUGAAAACCAAACCAGCAGUGAAAAAGAACUAGAACAUGAAAGCUUGCCUCCCACAAGGGACAACUCAAAUGUUGAAAACAUCCCACGGCCUCUCAGUCCCACAAAACUUUUGCCUAUUGUCCACUCGCCAAUGCGCUAUCAAAGCGAUGCUGACCUUGAAGCUCUGAGGAAAAAACUGGCCCAUGCACCAAGGCCUCUAAAGAAGCGCAGUUCUAUAACUGAGCCAGAAGGUCCAAGUGGUCCAAAUAUACAGAAGUUACUGUAUCAACGUUUCAAUACACUAGCUGGGGGAAUGGAUAAUACACCAUUUUAUCUUCCCAGUAACCCACAGGACUAUGUAGGUGCAUUAGCUGAUGUUGAUAAUGGUAACAUGAGCCUUGUGGAACCUGGUUCUCUACAGUCUGGGCCAACAGCUCAGCCUGAACUUCAACCAUCAUCAGAUGCCAAUGACAACCAAUUACCAUCUCCUCCACACUCUGAGUUGAUUCACACAGACAACAAUGAGAUCUCUGCUACAAUAGAGGACAAUAACAAUAACCCCUCUGUGGUUCAAACUGAGCAGCUGCCAAGCCCUAUACCAGAGGUUAGAUCGCCAGAAGAGGAAGAUGUUGUUUCUCCCCCUGCUGUACCACCACCACCAUUUCCUGUUGCUAAACGUACAAAUUUAAAAAAGCCAGAUUCAGAUCGAACAGGUCAUGGGAUGAGGGUGAAGUUUGACCCUCUGGCUCUGCUUCUCGAUGCAUCUCUAGAAGGAGAAUUUGAUCUUGUACAGCGGAUCAUUUAUGAGGUUGAUGAUCCCAGCAGACCUAAUGAUGAAGGAAUUACACCCUUACACAAUGCAGUAUGCGCUGGUCACCAUCAUAUUGUGAAAUUCCUUAUUGAUUUUGGUGUAAAUGCAAAUGCAGCUGACAGUGACGGAUGGACACCUCUCCACUGUGCUGCGUCUUGCAACAGUGUCCACCUCUGCAAGCUGCUUGUGGAAUCUGGAGCUGCUGUAUUUGCUUCUACAAUCAGUGACGUUGAAACAGCAGCAGAUAAGUGUGAGGAAAUGGAAGAAUGUUUUGUACAGUGCUCUCAGUUCCUUUAUGGAGUACAAGAGAAAAUGGGCGUCAUGAACAAAGGAAUGGUUUAUGCUUUAUGGGACUACGAAGCUAACAACGGUGAUGAGUUAUCGUUCCACGAAGGAGACGCUCUGACAAUCCUGAGGCGUAAAGAUGACCAUGAAACCGAUUGGUGGUGGGCUCGUUUGAAUGACAAGGAAGGCUAUGUUCCUCGUAAUCUGUUGGGGUUGUAUCCUAGAAUAAAACCCCGGCAACGAUCUCUGGCUUAGAACGCUUACUAUUGUGCUUGGACCCUUGACUUCGUCACAACUGGGAGCAGAUGCAAUAGAGUACAAGAUCUUUGUCUGGGAUGAGACAAAUACAAAUAUUUAUAUGCUAUGAUACAGAUAUGCAGUAGUUUACUUUAUGGUGCUUUUGCUCUGAACAAAGUCACAUUGCGAUAUUCUAAGAACAAUUCAGACACAGAAAAUGGAGUUAACUGAAAAAGAGGAUGUCAGUAUUAUGGAAAAUGUUGCAUAUUUAGUGGAAUUAAUCAUAAGACAAAUACUAUUUUGGUUUCAGAGGAAGUUGUAAUGGUAAUUGAGAUUAUGUAGGCAUGAAGGUUAAUUUGCAAUAAAACAAUUCAGAAUCUUGGCAUGUUUGCUUUGACAUGAAAUGAAUUUCAAGUGGUUGUGUUGCAGUUUUGGGGAAUGAGCUAGGGUUUUAAUGUGAAGGAUGAAGCUUACUAUAAGUCAUUUUGAGAUGGUAAAGAGUAUGUGACUGAAGGUGGGACAGACGAAUGAGCAGAAAAAAGUCUGACAUUUUUAGUUGUCUUUUUUGGUGCAAACUGUAGCACUGAAAUUAAUGUAUUCAAGUAUAUUUCUGUAUUAAUCAAAGAGCAUUCAUCCAUUUUUCCAGUCAGUUUUUGAAAUUAAAAUUAGUCACACAUCCUAAUAAAUGCUACAUUUAUACAUAUACUGUAAUUGGAAUCAACCUUUGGCUUCUAUUUCAAUUUAAUUUUCAUAAAGCAGUUCUGUUAACUGCUUGAACAUUGUAGUAUUGAGUGUAAAUAUUGUGGUGUAUAAGACUUAACAGUGACAGGCAAUAUUGUGUAUGAAUAAGUGACUGACUUGUAAUUUUUCAUAGUUGAUAGUGAUACACUGCUUAUUAAGUGUUAUGUAAACGUGCACAAUAAAACACUACAGCAUGGACAAUUGAA